AUUUGGCCGGUUGAUUUUUAUCCCCUACACACCAGCCUCUACCUCUACCUACACCUCUACCUCUACCUACACCUCUACCUCUACCUACACCUCUACCUCUACCUACACCUCUACCUCUACCUACACCUCCACCUCUACCUACACCUCUACCUCUACCUACACCUCUAUCUCUAAAUCUACCGACCUCUUUUUUUCAAUACUCACAAUGUACUCUAAAUUCUGGCCUAAGGGCGGAUUGCCCGGAAUUCUGCACCACUACACCGAAACCCUCGUCACAUUCGAAUACACCACCUCCACCAUCUCCCAACCACACAGUCUCCUCUUCGUAGGCGGGCUCGGCGACGGCCUCGCCACAACCUCCUACAUGGCGGACAUCGCCUCGGCCCUAAAAACCACCCCCUGGUCACUUUUCACCCUCAACCUGACCUCCUCCUACCAAUCGUGGGGUCUGGGGCAUUUAGACCGCGACACGGACGAAAUCGCACAAUGUAUUCGGUACAUUCAAGAAUACAAGAAAGAGAAGUACGGGGCUAGUACCGCGGACGCGGGGAAGAUUGUCUUGAUGGGUCAUUCGACGGGGAGUCAAUGCGUGAUGCAUUAUUUGUCCCGACCGAAUCCGCACACGAGUCAGCCGGCGUUUGAUCCGUAUUUGGAACAUGUGGUGAGACUGCCGCUGGAUGGAGCCAUUAUGCAGGCGCCGGUGAGUGAUCGGGAGGCGAUUCAGUGGGUGUUGGAGCAUGGGAUGGGGGGCAAGAGUGGGGAGGAGUGUCGCGGGGUGUAUGAGAAGAUUGUGGCGAUGGCGAAGGCGGCGGAGAAGGAUGCGGGGGAGAAUGGAAAGGCGUUUGAUACGAUGUUGCCGAUUGAGUUGACGUCGUUUGCGUAUCCGGCGAAUACGCCGUUGAGUGCGCGGCGGUUGUUGAGUUUGGUGAGUCCCGAGAGUCCCGGGCAGCCGGGGGAGGAUGAUAUGUUUAGUUCGGAUUUGGGGGAGGGGCAAUUGGAGAAGACGUUUGGGCAGGUGGGGAAAGGGGGGCUGUUGAAGGGGAAGUUGAUGGUCUUGUAUUCGGGCAAGGAUCAGUCGGUGCCGGAUUGGGUGGAUAAGGAGGCGUUGUUGAGGAAGUGGCAGGGCAUUACGAAUAAGGGGUCGGUGGAUGGGAAGGAGAUUUGGGAUGCGGAGCAUACGGCCGUGAUUCCCAAUGCGUCGCAUGCGUUGAGUAAUGAUGACCAGGCCGAGCCGAGACGGUUCUUGGUCGAGAAGGUCAUGGGGUAUUUGAAGACGGUGGUUAAUGUGUAA